AUGGCAGACUCAUCUUCAGCUCCCAAGCCCUCCAGCAGCGUCAAGCUUGUGCUGUUGGGAGAGGCCGCCGUUGGAAAGUCAUCCCUAGUCCUGCGCUUCGUCAACAAUGAUUUCCAAGAGAACAAGGAACCCACCAUUGGCGCCGCGUUUCUUACCCAAAAGAUCUCCCUUCCCAAUCGGAUCAUCAAGUUCGAAAUAUGGGAUACCGCAGGCCAGGAACGUUUUGCCUCCCUCGCCCCCAUGUACUACCGCAACGCUCAAGCCGCGCUCGUCGUGUAUGACCUGACUAAACCGACCUCCCUCGUGAAGGCAAAGCACUGGGUGGCGGAACUGCAGAGACAAGCCUCACCAGGGAUCGUUAUUGCGCUGGUCGGUAACAAACUGGACUUAUGCGCCGAAUCUUCCAGCGACGCUGCCGAUACAUCUCAGGAGCCAUCCUCUGCGGGAGGUGAGGACGAAGGCGAGGCAAACAGUGCUGAACAGACUGAAGCCGAACCCACAGACACUGGGGACGCACGGAAAAUCUCUACACGAGAAGCCAAGUCAUACGCCGAGGAGGAAAGCCUACUAUUCUUUGAAACGUCGGCAAAGACAGGCACGAACGUUGCUGAGGUCUUUUCAGCGAUUGCAAACGCCAUUCCCGAGACAUCGCUGAAGGGAGCUCGAGGAGCCGCGGGUGGCGGAACACAGGCGGCGUUGUCGGGCGCCGCCCAACGAGCGGAGGAAGCGAGGGUGAAUCUCGCAGAUAGGGGAAAGCAGCAAAAGGAUAAUUUGCUUGCGUCUGGGAUCAAGUUUGAAGAGCACGGGUGGAUGCUAGAAAACCUCAAAGUUGUUGUGCUUGCUCUGGUGCGAAGGGAUAAGAAACGAGGGCAUGCGCAUUUGGCUGCCAUUGGAACGACAUUGUCAGAUUCUGUGGCGUCUGGCAGCGAAGACUGA